CCAAGCAAGGAAGACACCAACACAGCCAGCUUUUACCGGGCCUCUCGACACACACACACCCCCACACACACACACACACCAACACACACUUGUGACUCCAGCGGAGUACCAGACCACAGAGGGGGGACCUCGGCAGCCAUAAUUAAAACCUCCAAACCUCCUGCCUGGAUCUCUGGAGCCCGGCUCACUUUGACUCCAUCAACAUGCCGGAGGACCUGCAGUGAGAUCAAGAGAAGAUCGGCUGACGGCUUCAUCAUCCAGCAGGCCCUCAAAAGGAGAUCGGUCAAAGAAGGGGGGAAAGUCUCACGCAUCUGGAGAUGGAUGAACACGCACGGCCGGUUUGGCACAUGCAGCUGCCCCCCCAGGACGUGCCGGAGGAGCUGCAGAAGAAAGCGUCGGUGGCCAACCAGCCGGAGUGCUCCAUCUGCUUCAACACCUACGACAACGUCUUCAAGACGCCCAAGCGGCUGGACUGCACCCACACCUUCUGCCUGGAGUGCCUCUCCCGCCUCAUGGCGGUGUCUCUGGCGGACGGGGACGACCGGGGGGGCGGCAGCGCUCGCCUCUCCUGCCCGUUCUGCCGCCACCCCACCACGCUGCCCGAGGACGGGCCGCCGGCGCUGGCCACCAGCCGGGAGCUGCUGUGCCGGCUGCCCAGCCACCAGCAGCAGGAGGAGCCCGUGUGGCUGGAGGGAGAGAAGCUGUGCUACAAGAGUCUCCGGCAAGAGGCCGAGGUCGGCGCCCCCGACAGCCCCACCGCCUUCUGCAUCUGCAUUGACAUUGGCGCCAGCAAGGCGGUGGACGACGCCCCCGCCGAGACACGGCCCACGACCUUCCGCCUGAUGGACAGGCUGGCGGACUGGAAGAGGAUGCUGCUCUUCGUGGUGCUGAUGGUGCUGCUGGUGGUGGUGGUGUUGUGGCCUCUGCAGUGCGUCUUCAGCACCGGAAACAUGAGCUGCACGAGGGAACGGCCACAAAACCCCACUUCCACAACCGCCACCACGUCUUUCCCCGUCACCAGACUGUCCGACCUGAAAGGAUAAACUCUCAAAAACUAACGUUCGUGUAGAUAAUAUGAAGUGACUUUUGUAAAUUUGUGGGGAGAUCCGGUGACGUCACUCCACAACCGACCUCAGACUUUCUGUAAGACUAUGAUUUCUAACAAGCGGAGCUCGUGACCCAGUUAAAGUCCCAACGACGAUGAGGGGAAUUCAAAAGACACAAAAACACACACGGAUGCCAACUUUUUGCACUUUAAUCUUGUCUGCAUUUUGAAAUGAGAUAAGAGCAUGUUGUCUAACAGGUUUGACCACAGGUUUGGGGGGGGAUGCCAGUGUCAACUCUGCGUUGAGCAACGAAGGUUUGCAGUUGUAUCCAGGCCAAAAAGUGAAGCUUCAUGAGCUGACAUUUACUCGUUAAAAUGUGAACUUUGAGUUAAUAAAACUAAAUUAAAUCCAGCUGGCUGCAAAGAGGUCCAUUACAUAAAGAAUGAAUUGUGCCGACUAAAAAAAAACUUUGAGUACCGUAUCUUUGGUCGUGUCUUUCUAUGUCCUUGUUUGAUAAGACGGUCAACAUUGAGAUCUUGUAUAAUAUACUAUAUUUUCUGGACUAUAAGCCGCUACUUUUUUCAUAGGUUUUGAACCGUGCGGCUUAUACAAAGGUGCGGCUAUUCUGUGGAUUUUUCUUCCACUGCUCGGGGCGCUCUAACCGGAAUUAGAAUCAAAACUAAGACAAGAUAAAUGCAAAGAAGAAUACGCUACUUCUUCUUUAGCAGAUAGAAGUAGGUAGAAGCAGAUUUCAAACAGAUAAAUAGAUACAUAAAUACCGGUUAUUUUCUCUUGGUUCUG